AUGGAUACCAUCAUCAGUCAACUUAAUCUUACAUCACAGGAUAAGUUGGGACUCCUGAUCUCUGGACUUGUUUUCCUAGUCUUCCUGGUCACUCACUUUGUCAAACCAAGUCUGGCUUUCCAAUUCUCUUGUAUUAUUCAAGCUUCCUGUGCUGGAAUGACUAUGGGCUUCACAUUUGGAGGUGUCUCCAAUUCAUUUGCAGACAUGACACAGGAACAACUGAUUGAUUCUGGAUUUGCCUCAUUGCUCCUUAUCCUCUCUCUCGUCGCACUAUACAACAAUGCAAAGACACCAUUGAUCUUGGGCUACAUUCUACAUGGAUGUUGGGAUUAUCUACAUCAUCACUCAUCGUCUGUGCAUAUGGAAGCUGCCACUCCACUAUGGUAUCCACUAUUAUGUUGUUCAUAUGAUAUUGCAGUGGCUAUGACCUACAUCUUCACCAAAUACCCAUCUGAUUCAUCAAGAAACAAGGGAAAGACUCAAUAG